GUCCUGUGCCUGCUCUCUAAAUCUUCUCCACAGACAUGCGGCUCCAAAUUGCCCAAACCACCACGCGCUCGCCGCAGCAUAUGGCGCCAGCGGCUCGCUCCGAUCCCCAUUCUAGUACACCGGUCCGUCUGCCCAAGAAGUGCCUGCCAUCGCCAUGGCGCCGCUGGCCACAAGCACCGCGCCCCUUCAACUCUGCUCGCAUCACUCGCAUCCCCGCCGCCGCCGCGGUACCGUUGAGGUCGCCGCCUCCGCGUCGUCGUCGUCAUCGCGGCGGGCGGAGGACGUGGUGAUCGUGGGCGCGGGCAUCGCGGGUCUCGCCACAGCGCUCUCCCUGCAGAGGCUCGGCGUGCGCGCCACCGUGCUGGAGCAAGGCCCGUCCCUGCGCGCGGGGGGCACCUCGCUGACGCUCUUCAAGAACGGGUGGCGCGUGCUCGACGCCAUCGGCGUCGCCGACGACCUCCGCGCCAAGUACCUCCGCAUCCAGGGGAUGAGGAUGCGGUCGGCGGCGGGCGGGCGAGACCUCCGGGAGUUCUCCUUCGAGGAAGAAGCUCCGGGGCAGGAAGUGCGGGCGGUGGAGAGGCGAGCGCUCCUGGAGACUCUGGCCUCGAAGCUGCCCGCAGACGCCAUCUCCUACUCGUCCAAGCUGAAGUCCGUCGCCGGGCAAGGCGCCGAGGGCACGGUUCUGGAGCUCGAGGACGGCCGGCGGCUCCUCGCCAAGGUCGUCGUGGGCUGCGACGGCGUCAACUCGCCGCUCGCCAGGUGGAUGGGCUUCUCCGAGCCCCGCUAUGUGGGCCACAUGGCGUUCCGGGGCCUCGCGGACUAUGGCGGGAUUGGGGCCCAGGGGCAGCCGUUCGAGCCCAAGGUGAACUACAUCUACGGCCGGGGACUCCGGGCCGGGUUCGUUCCCGUCUCGGCCACAAAGGUCUACUGGUUCAUCUGCUUCAAUAGCUCCACGCCGCCACCGGGUCUGGGGAAGAAGACGAAGACGGCGGCGGGGGCGGCGCUGAAGAGGGAGGCCCUGGAGCUGGUGCGCGGCUGGCCGGAGGACCUGGUGGCCGUGAUGCGCGGCACGGCGGACGACGCCGUGGUGAAGACGCCCCUCGUGGACCGCUGGCUGUGGCCCGGGGUCGCGCCUCGGGCCUCCAGGGGCGGCGUGGUGCUGGCCGGCGACGCGUGGCACCCCAUGACGCCCAACCUCGGCCAGGGCGCGUGCUGCGCGCUGGAGGACGCCGUCGUGCUCGCGCGCCGCCUCGCGCCCGCGGUGCUCGCCGGCGGCGCGGUGGUAGGAGAGGCGAUGCGAGGGUACGAGAGGGAGAGGUGGGGCCGGGUGUUCCCGCUGACGGCGCGGGCGGGGCUCGUCGGGAAGCUGGUGCAGUGGGGCAACCCGGCGGUGUGCGCGGCGAGGGACGGCGUGGUGAUUCCCAGGCUCGUCAGGCUGGGCCCGUUCCUCGAGCACACCAACUUCGACUGCGGCGGCCUGCUCGAGCCGGCGCCAAUGAAUUGAUCCGUCCAUGGAUGGGCUCAAGGUUGUGCAAAGGAUUCUCAUCGUACGUGCACCCAGGUUUUUUCUGUUCGAAACAGAAAUUAAGAAUACGAGAGAGAAAGUUCUGUUUUGAACAUCCACAGGAAAAACCCGUCCGGGGAAAGGGAGAAGAUCCAAAGGAAAAAACCCGUCCGGGGAAAGCGGGAUGGCUAUAUCAGAAAAAUUAUCUCACUUUAAUGAAACGGUGCUAGUAUAAUUUUAUAAUUUUUUCAUGGAGUAUUCUCUAGGUUUCCGUUUUUUUAACGGGACAAGUUCUGCGACAGACAGAUAAUAAAGUACAAGAACUUGAACGGCGUGAGCAACGUGUGUAUUACAAAGGUACAAUAGCAGAGCAAGACUGGAUUUGUUCUAGCUC